AUGGCGUCCAAGUCACAUGCCCCACCGUCCGAGGAGGAGAGCACCAUCCUCAUGGCUAAAGAAGAGCUCGAGGCUCUUCGGGCAGCCUUCGAGCUGGGGGAUAUCCCCAAGGCUGCCUCCCGCCUCCGGGAGCUGCUGGGCAACGCAGAGAGUAGCCGCCUCGAGGUGGGAGUGACCGGCGAGUCCGGGGCCGGAAAGUCUUCUCUGAUCAACGCCCUUCGAGGGAUCGGGGCAGAGGACCCCGGUGCGGCCCGGACGGGCGUCAUCGAGACCACGACCCAGCCCACCCCGUACCCCCACCCGCAGCUGCCGGAGCUCAUGCUGUGGGACCUGCCCGGGGCCGGCUCUCCCGGCUGUCCAGCCGACAAGUACCUGAAGCAAGUAGACUUUGCUCGUUACAAUUUCUUCCUCCUGGUCUCACCCCGUCGCUGUGGGGCCGUGGAGACCCGACUGGCGAGCGAGAUCCUCCGUCAGGGCAAGAAAUUCUACUUUAUCCGCACCAAAGUGGACGAGGACCUGGCGGCGUCUCGCACCCAGCGCCCAUCGGGUUACAGCGAGAACGCCGUCCUCCAGGAGAUCCGGGACCACUGCGCGGAGCGCCUCCGGGCCGCCGGCGUCCAGGACCCCCGGAUCUUCCUCGUGUCCAAUCUCUCGCCGGCCCGCUACGACUUCCCGCUGCUGGUGGCCACGUGGGAGCGGGAGCUCCCGGCCCAUCGCCGCCACGCCGGCCUCCUGUCCCUGCCAGACAUCUCGCUGCAGGCCCUGCAGAAGAAGAAAGACGCCCUCCAAGAGCAGGUGCUGAAGACGGCCUUGGUGUCCGGGGUCAUCCAGGCCUUACCCGUGCCGGGCUUGGCAGCCGCCUACGACGACGCCCUCCUGAUCCGCUCCCUGCGGGGCUACCACCGCAGCUUCGGCCUGGACGACGACUCCCUGGCCAGGCUGGCCGAGCAGGUGGGCAAGCAGGCCGGCGACCUGCGCUCCGUGAUCCGCUCGCCCCUGGCCACCGAGGUCUCGCCAGAGGCGGUGCUGCGUAUGUACGCUCAGUCAUCGGACGGGGCCAUGCGUGUGGCCCGGGCCUUCGAGAAGGGCAUCCCCGUGUUCGGGACACUCGUGGCCGGCGGCAUCUCCUUCGGGACCGUCUACACCAUGCUCCAGGGCUGCCUGAACGAGAUGGCCGAGGACGCCCAGCGUGUCCGCAUCAAGGCCCUGGAAGAGGAGGUGGCCGCCCCCGACGCCCGCCUCGACGUCGCUUCUAGCGGGCCUGGGUUGGAGAAGAGGGGGGCAGGCGAGGGCGGCGGGGAGGACGCUCCACUCUCAGCCCGCCGGAAGCUUGGACUGCUGCUCAAGUACAUUCUGGAGAGCUGGAAGAAACGGGACGUGGUCGAAGAGAAAUAA